UUGUGGCGCUUUCGGCACAUUUGUAAUUUCUUGUUCUUGCUUCCAGAAACCCCGGAAUAACCAGGAGAGCGAACUAAUUCCGCAACAGCAUGGCCGCUGCAACUGGAGAACUGUCCAAGAAUGAGCUGAAACGCCGCCUGAAGGCCGAGCAAAAAGCCAAGGAGAAGGCCGAGAAGGCAGCAGCUGCUCCUGCGGAAGGUGCUGCCGGCAAGAAGAAGAGCGCCGCCGCUGAGGAGGAAGAGAUCUCGCCCAACGAGUACUUUAAACUCCGUUCGGCCGCCGUGCAGGAACUGAAACGUUCCCCCGCCACGGAUCCCUAUCCACACAAGUUCCAUGUGAGCAGCUCGCUGGAGGCCUUUAUUGCCAAGUACGAGAGCCAACUGAAGGAUGGCGAGACCCUCGAGAAUGUCACCCUCAGUGUGGCCGGCCGUGUCCAUGCCAUCCGCGAGUCGGGGGCCAAGCUCAUCUUCUACGAUCUGCGCGGCGAGGGAGUCAAGGUUCAGGUGAUGGCCAGUGCCAAGUCAUACAAGUCUGAGGCGGAGUUCGAGACCGACACCGCCAAGCUAAGGCGUGGCGACAUUAUCGGCGUGGUCGGUCAUCCCGGCAAGACCAAGAAGGGCGAACUGUCGGUGAUGCCCACCGAAAUCAAACUGCUGUCGCCCUGCCUGCACAUGCUGCCCCAUCUGCAUUUCGGCCUCAAGGACAAGGAGACGCGCUAUCGCCAGCGCUACCUUGAUCUCAUACUCAACAACAAAGUGCGCGAGAACUUCCAGAUCCGCGCCAAGAUUAUCUCGUACGUUCGUCAGUUCCUGGAUCGCCUGGGUUUCCUGGAGAUCGAGACUCCUAUGAUGAACAUGAUUGCUGGUGGCGCCACUGCCAAGCCUUUUGUAACGCAUCACAACGACCUCAAGAUGGAUCUGUUCAUGCGCAUCGCUCCAGAGCUCUACCACAAGAUGCUGGUGGUGGGUGGACUCGAUCGCGUGUACGAAAUUGGACGGCAGUUCCGUAACGAGGGCAUCGACCUCACCCACAAUCCGGAGUUCACCACGUGCGAGUUCUACAUGGCGUAUGCGGACUAUGCCGACAUUAUGGACAUCACUGAGCAAUUGGUCUCGGGAAUGGUGAAGGCCAUUCGUGGAUCCUACAAGGUCAUCUAUCACCCAGAAGGUCCAGAGGGACCCGAACAGGAACUCGACUUUACGCCGCCCUUUAAGCGCGUCUCCAUGAUCAAAACGCUGGAGGAGAAGCUGCAGGUGAAGUUCCCUGCCGCCGACACCUUCAACACGCCGGAGACGAAUCAGUUUCUGUCGCAACUGUGUGCCAAGCACCAGGUCGAGUGCCCCGCUCCACGCACCACCGCCCGCUUGCUGGACAAGCUCGUGGGCGAGUUUAUUGAGGAAUUCUGCGUGAAUCCCACGUUCAUCUGCGAGCAUCCGCAGAUCAUGUCCCCGCUGGCCAAGUACCAUCGCAGCAUUCCCGGCCUGACGGAGCGAUUCGAGCUGUUCGUGGCCAAAAAGGAGAUCUGCAACGCGUACACUGAAUUAAACGAUCCGGUUGUGCAGCGCGAGCGCUUCGAGCAGCAGGCCAGUGACAAGGCGGCUGGAGAUGAUGAGGCCCAGCUGGUCGACGAGAACUUCUGCACGUCUUUGGAGUACGGAUUGCCGCCCACCGGUGGCUUUGGAAUGGGCAUUGAUCGACUAGCCAUGUUCCUUACGGACUCCAAUAACAUCAAGGAGGUUCUUCUGUUCCCCGCCAUGAAACCGGAGGAGGCCAACCGCACGACAACUGAAACUGCGCCUGCCGCCCAGCAGUAAAAGGUCACCGCAUACUCCACUCAAUCUUAAUCCUUGUACGUUACGCUGAUCCCGGGCUAGUCCCAGUUGCUAAGUUAUUCAAAGAAUAAACCUUUUAUUUUCCAA